AUGCCGUUCUAUAAAAAAGUAACGCAUGCAUUGAUCCCUGAAUCAAUUCAUAAUUUGGCAACACACCAUGGAUGUGGAGAUGACAAAUCCGAUAAAGAAGUCGAGAAAACAACUAGUGUACCUACUGCAAGCAGCAAGGAUGAUGAAUUAACAUCAGCAAGAGAAAGAUCAACUUACCAUUCUAUUUCUGGUAGACUUAGUUAUGAAGAUGAUGAUAGUGACGAUGACUUUGAUGCUGCAAAAGUAGAAGAAGGGGGUACAUUUUUUUCAGAAUUAUUAAACACAGCUACAAUAUGUUCGGGGUUGGGGUCAUUAAAUACUUUAAAAAAACAAUACUUAGAUGAAUUACUUAAAAAAAGUGGAUUACACAAUCUCAAACCACAGCAACAACAUCACCAUCACCAUUCACCUCAGUUGGCAGGUAAACAUGAUAGAAAUCAACCUGUCGCCAGUUCUGUGAAUAAAGAGCUGUCGCUUGGUAAACUGCAACAAUUUUCCAGUGAAGAUUCCGAUGAAUCUGAAGAUUCAAGCAUUGAAGAAGAAUUCGUUGCAAAUGAUUUAGAAGCAACUCAGAUUUCUGGAACAAACGAACCAUUCAAAUCAACAUCUACAGACACCAGUCCUAUUAGCAAAGUUGAAACAGUGGCAUCGACAACGACGGCUUCUUCGGCUACUGCCACCCCAACAGCAACUACACAAGUUAAAGUUGCUACGGAAACUAAAGUGGCUCAUAUUCCUCAUGAAGAUUUAGAGGGACUAAAUCCUUUGCAAAGAUCUGUGGUUACAAAUUUAGACCCGCAUUCUAUUAAAGAGGGAAUACUAAUUAAAGUUAAACCUGGACAAAGACCAACCGAAGAAGAACUCCAAAAUGAACAUGAACAGAUCAAAGAAAAGAUCAGAUUACGUCUUAAGAUUGCAGAUAAGUUACAAAAAGUGUUUAGUUUAGAUGACACUGACGAAUUCCUUGGAAAUUAUAGUGCAUGGUUAAUCAAGGAUGUAUUAUUGCAAGGUCAUUUGUAUCUUACCAAGGAAGCACUUUUAUAUUUUGCAUUCCUCCCAAAGCGAUUCUCGGUUGAGCAUGCUUCUGAGGUCUUGAACAUUGACGAUUCUUCAAAUAUUGUCCAUAAAGGUACAUUGGGAUACAAACCAAGGAAAUAUGGUGAAGUUAUUCUUAAUGCUGUUGUUCAACAUAGAUACUGGGCGGUUUUAAGAUCAGAAACUUUAAGUAUCUAUUCGUCAGCAACAGAUUUGUAUUUUCCUGAAUUGGUGAUUGAUAUCAAGACCUGUUUGUAUGCUGAAGUUGUCGAUAAGGAAAAGUAUGGUAAAGAGGCCAUCUCACCAGUGAAUAGAAGUGGAGCUCAAAGCCCAAUGGGUCCUAACUCAGGAACAGAGACACCAGGAACACCUGCAAUUGAAGAGUAUACAUCAGAACUCAAUAGUAUGAUGUCAGCGGAUUCUUUUGCACCAACAGAAGAUACCGUUGAAUCCGGAUCUACAAAUAUUUGGUUCAAGUUGGUCACGCAAAAGAGGACAUACAAGUUUCAAUGUGAUAGUUCCUUUUCUGCUCGUCAAUGGUGUAACAAUUUGACCAAAUUGAUUUUUCAACACCACAAUGCAAAUACCAGCAGUGAAGUUUUGAUAAAGAUACCAAUUAGUGACAUAGUGGAAUACAACAAACGAACAUUGUUUGAUGAAGAAGCAGACCAUGAUAUUGACCAUGCUAAAAAUGACAUUCCAUUAAAUUUAUCAAUAAAGUACUUAGCCAAUGCUCCCGUAUCUGCUGAUUUGGCUAAACAGAAGGCUAAAUCAAAGAAGACUCUAAAAGAGCAAGAUAACAUGACUAUCGAAGAGGUCAACUUUUUAUUCCCAAAGAAUGGUGUUGAAUUUUUUGAGACUUUUGAUAAUGCAAUGCAUGAUGGGAAACAGGGUGUUGAUGAACUUUCAAAAUUGACUACAGUCGAUUCCAGCACUUCCUUAAAGUCAAUGUCGACUUUGAGUCCUUCGUCCAAUGCUUUGGUGAAGACAGUCAUGGAUCAUAAUAAAUAUACUGAACCUAAUGAUGGUGCUUCAACUUUGAAAAAAUUAAGCAAGACGAUUACGAGCCCAACCAGAAUUUUUAGAGCUGCCACACUUGGUUCAUUAGAUAGACCAAGUAUUGCUUCAGUUACUUCAAAUGACAGUACUGGGAAAGAUAGUCAUCUUCAAUUGCCAAGAGCGUUAUCUGAACGAGGGUUACAAAGCUUGGAUAUAUCAUUUGUCACCAGUCUCAAGAAAAUGGAGGAAGCAGCAUCAAGAUACGACAAACCACUGUUUUCACCUGAUGAAUUACCAUUACCAAGUAAUUUGACUGACCCAUUUGAAGUGAAGAAACAAUCCAGAAGACCGAUUCUGAAAAGUAUCAAGGCGUUGUCUAAUGUUGCAAGUAGAUGGUCUUCUACUCCCUCCCAUUAUGUAGAUGACGGUAGAUUUUAUGUUGGAGAUGCUAGUGAAAGAGAAGAAUCCCAAAGAAACUUCCAAGGACAUUUUUCUACAAACUCCAAAUUGCUUGCCACUUACUAUGCUCAUUUGUUAAGAACUGUUCCAGUUUAUGGUAAAUUAUAUAUUUCCGAGACAGAAGUUUGCUUCAGAAGUUUAUUGCCAGGUGUUUCGACUAAGAUGGUAUUGCCUAUGAUGGAUAUCGAGGAUGUCAAAUUGUCGGCUAUAGUGAAGUUAGCCUAUUACAGAUUAUCAUUAAUGGUUAACGGAGCUGAAGAGUUGAGUUUUGAGUUUGGUUCAUCCAAGUCUAGAGAUGAUUUCCGUGAAAUUGUUCUUACACAAUUAGAAAAGCUUCAUUCGAAUGAAGGAUUCCGACCAAAACCACACCAGUGGGGUAGUAAUUAUGAUAUUGAAUUAAGCAAGACAAGAAUGGAAUACACAGACUCAGAAAGAUGUCAAAUUCAAAAAGCGUUUGACGAUACACUGAAAGAUGUCCAAUUGGCGGAACAAAGGAUUGAAUUGGCUAGAGUUAGAAUGUUUGAAGAUAGAUUGAUGGCAGCUUCAGGUUUAGAUGUGCCAAUAAUUUUGGAAGACUCGCCAUUUUUCAAAACGGAAAUGAGACCUUCAACUUCUUACAACAUCACAUUGUUAACCAUUGGAUCUAGAGGUGACGUCCAACCAUAUAUGGCUUUAGGUAAAGGUUUAGUCAAAGAAGGACACAAUGUUACAAUUGCGACACAUGGUGAAUUUGGUGAUUGGAUUAAGAAGAGUGGAUUUAAUUUCAAAGAAAUCGCUGGUAAUCCUGCAGAAUUGAUGUCGUUUAUGGUCACUCAUAAUGCUAUGUCUGUAAGUUUUCUUAAAGAAGCUCAAAAGAGAUUCAAAUCAUGGAUUGCUCAUUUGUUGACCACCAGUUGGGAAGCAUGUCAAGGGUCUGAUAUUUUAAUUGAAAGCCCUUCAGCAAUGGCUGGUAUCCAUAUUGCUGAAGCAUUGGGUAUUCCAUAUUUCCGAGCUUUCACAAUGCCUUGGACAAGAACAAGAGCUUAUCCACAUGCUUUUUUUGUACCAGAUCAGAAGAAAGGAGGUACAUACAACUAUUUAACUCAUGUGUUGUUUGAAAAUGUGUUUUGGAAAGGGAUUUCUGGACAGGUUAACAAAUGGAGAGUUGAAGAAUUGGAUUUGCCGAAAACAAAUUUGUACAGAUUACAACAAACCAGGGUUCCAUUCUUGUAUAAUGUUUCGCCUACUGUUUUACCUCCAGCAGUUGAUUUUCCUGAUUGGGUUAAGGUCACUGGUUAUUGGUUUUUGGAUGAAGGUUCUGGUGAUUAUAAACCACCAGAGGAUCUUGUUAAAUUUAUGAGUGAUGCUGCUGCUGAUGGUAAGAAGAUUGUUUAUAUUGGUUUUGGAUCAAUUGUCGUCAAAGAUGCCAAGUCAUUAACAAAAGCUGUUGUUGGAGCUGUCCAACGUGCUGGUGUUCGUUGUAUCUUGAAUAAAGGUUGGUCUGAUAGAUUAGAUGACAAGGGUAAAGAUAAAAUUGAAGUGAAAUUACCACCUGAAGUUUACAACUCUGGUGCUAUUCCACACGAUUGGUUAUUCCCUCGAAUUGAUGCAGCUGUACAUCAUGGUGGUUCAGGAACCACUGGUGCUAGUUUGCGUGCUGGUAUUCCAACAAUUAUUAAGCCAUUCUUUGGAGAUCAAUUUUUCUAUGCAACUAGGGUUGAAGAUUUAGGUGCGGGAAUUGGGUUAAAGAAAUUGACUGUAAAAUCAUUGGGAAAUGCUCUUGUUACUGCUACUGAAGAUUUGAAGAUUAUUGAAAAAGCCAAGAGAGUCAGUGAACAGAUUAAACAUGAACAUGGUGUUCUUAGUGCAAUCGAAGCUAUUUAUUCCGAAUUAGAGUAUACCAGAAAUUUGACAUUGGUCAAGAAUAUUUAUGACCAAAACUACAAACGUCAUCAUCCAGAUUUCAAGUCACAAUCUGGCAUUCAAUCACCAGUUGAAGCUAGUGAAGAUGAAGACAGUGAGGAUGAAGAUGAUUAUGAUGAUGAAGAUAGUGAAGAGUGCAAUGAAGAAAAAGAUGUUUAUGGUGAUAAACUUUCUGAACAAGAUUCCAAGAAACAGGCUCAAUUAUAG